CCGGGAUUGGCCUGAUGGAGAUGUCGUCACUUCCGUCUGCACCCUUAUUGGUUACCGGAGCAGACCCCGCCCCGCAGCGGAAGCGCGGUAAACCCCGUUUGUUCGGUGGAGACAGAAAAGCGACGGCGAGAUGGAGGUGGACGUCCUGGAGUUCAAGGUUCCUGUGGAGAAUAAUAAGACUCUGUUUGUGUGGGACAUCCAGCCGUCUCACACUGAGGCUCAAAUCUACGACGGGUUGGACGCCGUGUUCUCGUCCUUCGGGCCGCUCUACCUGCUGAAGGUGUGUCCUAACGCUCCGCUCAACCCGCCCGGCUUCUACGCCCUCAUCAAGUUCUACUCUGCUGCUCAGGCCUCAAAGGCACAACGGCAGACUGACGGGCGCUCGCUGUUCCAGAGCUCUCCCCUCAAGGUCAUCCCCUCACAGGCUUUCAACACAUGGACUUCUUCUUCUUCUACUGUGAGGCUGAGCUCCAAACAGACUCCUCACUUCCUGUCUGACAGCAGCAGACCUCUGAGCCACGCCCGCUGCCUGGAACUGGCCAAUCACUGCCUGGGAUUCGACGGCUGGACCUCUGACAUCAUCACACUGAAGGAGCUCAGCGACGAGGAGGAGGAGGAGGAGGAGGAGGAGGGUGGAGGCAGAAGGAGGAGGCUGAGGUUCGGCUGUCUGCUGCAGCUCUCCUUCCCUCAUCACGGACAGACGACCAGAGCAGCAGCAGUGGUGGAGGACAGCUUCACCUGCACAGGUCCAGAUGUUCUGCUACAGAAACGCUGUAAGCUGCAGAGGGGGGUCAGAGAGAAAGCUCUGGUCCAGGCCUUCGCUGCGGUGCUGCUCAUACUGCUAGGUAACGGUAAAGUGAUGGUGGAGGUGAAGCAGACCUCAGAUCAGCUCCUGCCUGAGCAGACUGAAGGAGUCCUCCAGGUGAGGGAGUUUGCUCCUGAGGAGGAGGACGAGGAUGAAGAGUGGGAUCUGACUGUAUCAUAGAGGAUUGUGAGCAGUCAACAGUGGUGCAUCAUGGGAAUCAUCAGCAGGGGUCGCUGUGACAGCUUCAUAUUAAUGUUUUGCUAACUGAACUUAAUGAAUGGAAAACACGAACCGUGACGAUGCUGAAGCUGUUUAUUGUACAGAAAGCAGCAGAAACCAGCGGACAUUAACUCAGUGUUUCACACUGAAUAAAUGCAGCGGCGUGUGAAGAUGAAGGAGGCGCUUCUCGUCCAGCUGUACAGAUGUUGACCGCCGUUCAUCUAGCCGAAAUUCUGCAGCAACGUCUUCCCCCCAGCUGGUGUCACGUUCAGGGUCCCCCCGACCACCAGGAAGCCCUGCACACAACACGGGUCAGGAAGCAGCGGCGUGUUAGCGUGUUAGCGGUCAGGAAGUACAGAGGAAGUUACUGGGCAGACAGGUGACGGCUCAUAAUGCAGGAUAAAGGUUCGUUUGUGAAAACAGGAAUAUUGGAGACUGUAGUAAGUUAAAUAUAAUACAUCAGGACUGUGGUAGUAAACAAGUAUUUAGUGUGUUUUUAUGGAUUUUGUACAUUAGCAUAGUUGUUUUGUUGUAUUUACGGGUCACUUCCAUACAUGUUGUAAUAUAUAAACAUGCUGUUCUUUGAAUAAGUUGUCUGAAGUGUUUUUUACUUUGAUUAAAAAUGAAAUCUCCUCCCUCGCGGAACAA